AUGGCUUUAAGAAAUUACAUGUACAGCAAACACAAACAUCUGGAUCCCAAUAUUAUUUUGAUAGCUGGAAGUUCUAAUAUUAAUAAUUCUAACACCGUUGAAAAGAGAGUGGGAAACAACAAUGAUAACAAUGAUGCCCAUAGUAAUGAUACAGCUACGACAAGAAAGGAGAAAACAAAAAAUGGUGGUGGCACAACAUCUAUAAAUAAUCUUAAUGAAAAUUAA